GUCCAGUAAAUAUACUUCAAUUUAGAGAAUAUUCAAGUGAACCAGUGCUUAAAAAAUUGCAUGGGAAAUGCUGUGCAGGUGAGAAGUAAGGAGUAAGCACAGGGGGGCUAAGAAAAGCUUGGAGCAGAUGACACCUAGACCUGUGUGUGCCAGCAAUGUUCUAGACAUGUGGUUGCAUGGAAAAUAUAGGCAAAUACAAGUACACAUUACUGUCAUGUAUAGUGCUACAUGGAGAACUAAGUAUGAAACUGUAGGGGCAGACAAAACUGGAUUCAGAUCACAAAACAGUGCAUACCAUAUCAGACGGUAUGUGAUAUUUAGUAGUUUAUUUAGUAGCUGUUGAUGAAUUAUUAGCCAACUUAAAUUUAGUAGGUUAAUUUGAACUAUUUAUUUAAUAUUACUUGGUGGCUUCACUGAGCCUGGUCUCUCUUGGGAGAUUCCCAUGGUCCUAGGUGAACUUACUCAUUCUCAUGGAGUCAUGCAUCAGUUCAACUCAGCUUCCCAUGGCAACUUCAGAGUUCCAGGACAGAUGGUGGCAGUAAGCCAAGCCCACCAUGGAGCACACACACAUUUGCCUUUGUGUAUUUUAGUGGCCAAAGAACUCUUAAAGGCAGCUCAGAUGAGGUGAUGUAGAAAAAGACCAGUUGUCUUGUAGGGAACUGCAAAGGCAUAGUCCAAAUGGAUAUUCAUAUAGGGAAGGUUGAGAAGUGUGUCCAGUUUUUCAAUGUGCCACGGUCAUGGAGAUCUCCUGAAGAAUCUGAAGCAGGACAUGAUAAAAUUAAAACGGACUUAGAGAAGUGUGCUCUUACAGCGGUGUGGAAACGAAGGGAAGUGGAAAGUAGGACACUAAUUCAGACUCCGUUGGAGCAGCACUAGGGCUUUGAUCCAAGGAUCAUGCUAGUGAUGUACAUAAAAGAAGGGAGCUUUAAGUGAAAGGGGGCAAAAUUUUGAUGAAUAUUAACAGCUGGGAAAUAGAGGACACAGAGUGAGGUGUUGGGGCCAGAUGAGAGGAACAGCGAGCAGCUUUGGAACCCAUGGAAAACUGCGUACUGGUCAGUGUAAACAAGAAAGGUGAGCCUUGGAGAGGCAGAGCCCCAAGGACUGUUUCCUGGGGACCUCAUGCUGUAAUUGAGUGUAGCUCUGCUCGUUGCCCCUGCAGUUCCCUCAUAAUCUAUGAGUUGUUUGAAAACUCUCAGGGUGUUUCUAGGUAGGCCAGGCUGGCCUCGAACUCACAGACAUCCACCUAACUCUGCCUCGUGAUGCUGGGAUUAAAGGCAUGCGCCACCACCGCCCGGCUGAUGAUCCCAUUAUUAGCAGCUAGUUUAAGUUUCCCUCUGGUAUAUUGUGAUCCAUUAAUUGUCCCAACUGUUCCCAACAGUGCUGUGAACCCACAAGGCUCUAGCUGAGCAGUGCAGGGAUCAAGGGAGGAGACGCAUGAGGAGAGAGACAGCCUCCUCCCACAGCAGCUAACCAGAGCUGUGUCAGGAUGUGGCCAGUGGCCCAGUGAGUGGAGAGUGCCCAUGAGUGAGUUAUAAAGACAGUGGGAAGCAGAGAGCUCAGAGGAGCAGCUUCAGAAGAAACAGGAUCUGAGCUUUGCCUUCCCCCUGCAGGAGGCAGCUGAGGGGGAAGUGGGAGACCACACAAUGGAAGGAGACAGGGUGCAUUUUCUGAGUGAGGCAGGUCUCAUCUUGAUAUGGCUUCAGAAAUCAUCUAUGCAGAAGUGAAUUUCAAGAAUGAAUCCAACUCCCCAAGCAUCUACUCAGAUUGUGCUACAGCUCCCAAAGAGAAGCCCACCUCUUCUCUAAGUAAGCCUGGCCACCCCUCGCUGCUCUUCACAUCACUGAUGGCACUUUUCCUGCUGUUGGCCAUCACAUUCUUGGCUGCUUUUAUCUUUUAUUUUCAAAAAUACUCUCAACUUCUUGAAGAAAAAAAAGCUAUAAGUUUAACUCACAAAGUUAUAACUCACAAAGAAUUGAACUGCAAAAAAGACGAUCCACCCACAUCUGACAAAGUCUGGAGCUGUUGCCCAAAGGACUGGAAGCCAUUUAGUUCCCACUGCUACUUCACUGCGACUGACUCAGCAUCUUGGGAAGAGAGUGAGGAGAAGUGCUUCAGCAUGGGUGCUCAUCUGAUGGUGAUCCACAGCCAGGAAGAGCAGGAUUUUAUCACCAAAAUCCUGAAUCCUGAAGCUGCUUAUUAUAUUGGGCUUUCAGAUUCAGGUCACCGACAGUGGCGAUGGGUUGAUCAGACACCAUACAAUGAAAGUGCCACGUUCUGGCGCUCAGGUGAACCCAGCAGUAACAACGAACAAUGUGUUAUAAUAAAUCAUCCACAUUCUAGUUGGGGCUGGAAUGACGUCCCUUGCAGUGGUAAACAGAAGUCAGUUUGUCAGAUGAAGAAAAUUUACUUAUGAAUCAAUCAUUCUCCAUGGACAUGGAUUGUCUAUUUAUCCACCAUUAUAUGGACACUUGUAAAGACCUUCUUUUGGAAGAGAUGUCCAUAGAAAUUUACGUAGGCAGCCAAAAGUUUUACAUAUUAUAUUACUGGUCCCCAUAUAUACUUAUUUAUUCAUCCAUUACUUUUAUAUAAUGAGAAUUUCCCAUAUACCAGAGACUCUACAGGAUCCCUUUGUGCAUAUGUGGAAGCACUCCAGGUUCUCUGUCCUUUCUUAGAUUCCUAAAGUCUUAUUUGAUGACCGAAUUGA